AUGCGCAAAGACAUUGAAAACUACAUCAAGGGUUGUUCUGUAUGCGCAGAAGCGAAAAACAUCCCCGGGAAGCCCCAUGGAUUGUUAAAACCUCUCCCGGUUCCCUCCAGACCCUGGGAGGUCAUUUCGAUGGAUUUUAUCACUGAUCUACCAGAAAGUCAGGGGAACACAGUUCUAUGGGUGGUGGUUGACUUGUUCUCCAAACAGGCACACUUUGUUCCUUGCACCUCCAUCCCGUCAGCUCCCAAACUAGCAAGGCUAUUCAUUCAACAUAUCUAUCGCCUGCACUCCUCCCCCAACAAGGUGGUGUCCGACCGCGGCCCCCAAUUCGUUUCGAAAUUUUGGCAGGCUUUCCUGGACCUGUUGGGAACCACCCCAGCAGUCGCAGCCCCCUACCACGUGCAAAGCGACGGAGAGUCAGAACGGACUAAUAGAACACUGGAACAGUACCUGCGCUGUUACACUAACUACCACCAAGAUAAUUGGUGCGAAUUGAUCCCAUUUGCAGAAUAUGCUUACAACAAUGCUGUCCAUAGUAGUACAAAGAAAACCCCUUUCGAGAACCUUCGGGACGUUCACAAAUAUACAAAACUGGGGAAAAAAUUCGUGGGUCCCUUUCGGAUUUUAAAAGUGAUUAACGACGUUACUGCUCGUUUGGAACUGCCUAACUCUUUAAAGGAAGUGUGUGAUCCAGCAAAUGAAAUGAACCAGCAUUCAGUGAAUGAAAAAGGAGUGACAUAUUCAGAUGGAAAAGACAGUACUGAAUACUCUGGUGCCCGGGAAAAGAAAGAAGGAAAACAGCCAAUGAAAGAGAGAAGUAAUUCUGGUCCUCUCCAGGGAGAUGAUUUGCAUAAAACGGCACUAUUUGACAAAAUUCAUGAAAAAUACAAUGGAAAUGAAGAUGCUGCAACUGAGGAAAGGUUUUCUGAAAAAUCAGACAAAAAUGUGCAUUGCAGUGGCCAUAACAAAAUGAAAAUACUUAAAUUUCUGAAACGUGCAAAGAGUUUUGGGGAGAAAAACAAGAUACCUCCUCAUGAAAGAAUUCACACACGGGAGACCAACUAUAAAUGUUUGGAUGGUGGAAAAAGCUUCAACAACAGUGAAAGCCUUAUUUCCCAUAGAAGAAUUCAUUCAAGGCAGAAACCAUAUAAAUGCCUGGAGUGUGGAAAAGCCUUCAGUCGGAGAGGAACUCUGAAUUCCCAUCAAAGAAUUCACACAGGUGAGAAACCAUAUAAAUGCCUAGAGUGUGGGAAAUACUUCAGGGAGAGUGGAAGCCUUACUUUCCAUCAAAGAAUACACACAGGGGAGAAACCAUAUAAAUGUCAGAAGUGUGGAAAAAACUUCCGUGAGAGUGGAAAACUUACUUCCCAUCAAAGAAUUCAUACAGGGCAGAAACCAUAUAAAUGCCUGGAGUGUGGAAAAGACUUCAGUCAGAGUGGCAGCCUUACUUCCCAUCAAAGAAUUCACACAGGGGAGAAACCAUAUAAAUGCUUGGAGUGUGGAAAAGGCUUCCGUGAGAGUGGAAAACUUACUUCCCAUCGAAGAAUUCAUACAGGGCAGAAACCAUAUAAAUGCCUGGAGUGUGGAAAAGACUUCAGGAACAGUGGACACCUUUUUUCCCAUGAAAGAAUUCACACAGGGCAGAAACCAUAUAAUUGCCUGGAGUGUGGAAAAGCCUUCACUCACAGCGCAGGUCUUAAAUUACAUCAGAGAAUUCACUCAGGGGAGAAACCAUACAAAUGCUUGGAGUGUGGAAAAGGUUUCAAUAGGAGUGAACACCUUACUUCCCAUCAGAGAGUUCAC